CCCCCAGCAGACCUGGAAGCAGAGGAGUGGCAGGGUCAGACAGGCUCCAGAGAAGAAAGGAUGCAGAACAGGACUGGACUGAUUCUGUGCGCCCUCUCCCUCCUCACGGGCUUCCUGAUGAUUUGCUUGGGUGGCUUUUUCAUCUCCAACUCCAUCUUCCACUCCCAGAGGAAUCUGGUCGUGGCCUAUGUGCUUCUGCCUAUGGGGUUUGUGAUCCUUCUGAGUGGAAUUUUCUGGGGCACCUACCGCCAAGCAAAUGAAAACAAAGAGAUGUUCAACCACGUGCUCAGACAGCACCUUGCUUUCCAGGACCUGCCUCUGGCCACUGUAGACAGGCCUGACUUUUACCCCCCGGCUUAUGACGAGAGCCUGGAUGUUGAGAAACAGGCCUGCCCUGCAGGCAGAGGGCUCCUAGGAUUCCCUCCUCCUCUGUAUACAGAGACGAGCCUCGAACUUGAAGAUGAAAAUGCCCCGCAACCAGAGGACCCUCCACCCUAUCAGGAGAUCAUAGCAGAUGCAGCGGCUACAGCGAAGGCACAGGAUGCUGUGGAGCCAAGCACAGUACUAAAGGCAGGAACUGCUCUCCAGCACUCAGAACUCCCCAGCUGCUGAGAAGAGAGGCUGGCCAGGGACUGGGAAGUUGCUCUGCCACCCUGCAUUGGAGCAAGGCCACCAUGGUCUCCAGGGACUCGCGGCUUUUAGUCUUUCCAGGGCAGCAUGGGGUCCAAGAAGGGGAUAGCCACCAGUGGGCAGUGGGUACAGAAAAUUCCCACAAAGCCCAACCUAGAUGAACCUUAGACUGCAGAGAAGGUGCCUUCCACCUCCUUCCUAACCUCAUCACCUCAGCCCAAGUCUGAGCGUACACUUGCUGUGGGUGGGAUGGCCAUAGCCCUUCACACACUGUGUCCAAAGAACCAAAGGAAAGGAUGCCUAAGAGGCAUCCCUGUGUCACCCACUGACUGUGCUCCCUGAGUGACAUCAUUGCUCUCACACACCAAGAGAGAUGCCCUAGGAACCUAGGAGUGUUGUUUUGUAUCAUUGUAUUUUAAUUGUGUGUGGUUUUUUUUCUAUAUAAAAGAGACUGUAACAUUUGCUU